AGGAAGUUCAGCUGAGUGGUGAAAUUGAGUGUUUUGCUGAGUCUCUGGUCAGGAUGGUCAGGAUGGGGGGUGUUUAUCGAAUUUCCAGGGCAUUUUCACGAUGGCAGCUGCACAGACUCACAGGGAGACUCCUUGUGGAGCAAGACACGCGGAGUUUAGCGAAUGUCAGUGGAAUCUUGGCGAGAAAUGGCGCAGAGAAAAAGGAGAUUCCCGUCCGGGAGGAGAUUAGAGCACUGGUGGGCCUCCUGGAGAGAUCCACGGGUCUGACAAAGAGGGAAGUUGUGCGGUUUUUCCACUCAAACAGCGCCAAGCGCCAGAAAGAGCGCGGCCAGCAGAGCUCCGGAAGCGGCGGCGGCUCGCAGGGCGAUGAUCCGAAGAAGGGCAACGACAACGAGGAGAAGAUGAUGUCUGUGCUGAUGAAGACCGCCUUCUGGAUCACCACCAUCUACAUAUUCGUCACGGUGCUGUCGCUGGCGGCGUCCGGCCGGGAUCGUCCGGAGACUGGAACGCGCUACGUGUCGUGGAAUGAGUUCGUGCAUCACAUGAUAGCGGCCGGCGAGGUGAAGGAGCUCAUCGUGCGGCCAGACCUGGAGAUGGUCACCAUCAUCCUGCACGACGGGGCGAUCGUGAAGGGGCGCCGGGCGAUCAACACUGUGUUCCACAUGGCGAUUGCGGACGCGGACAAGUUCGAGGAGAAGCUGCGCGACGUGGAGAAGCGCCUGGGCAUCCGCGAGGGCGUCACGGUGACAUUCGACAGGAACAGCGAGCUGGGCGGGCGACUGUUCUUCAUGUUCGUCGUGGCGAUGAUCGCGCUGUCCUUCCUCAGUCGCAUGCGCGGCGGCAAGUCGCCCAUCAGCAUGGAUUCCUUCACGCAAAUGGGGCGCGCCAAGUUCACCCUCAUCGACCCGGUGAGCGAGGGCAAGGGCGUGCUGUUCAGGGACGUGGCUGGGCUGCAGGAGGCGAAGCAGGAAGUGGCGGAGUUCGUGGACUAUCUGAAGAAUCCGCAGCGCUAUCAGUCUCUGGGCGCCAAGGUGCCCAAGGGCGCCCUGCUGCUGGGGCCGCCGGGCUGCGGCAAGACGCUGCUGGCCAAGGCGGUGGCCACGGAGUCCCAGGUGCCCUUCCUCAGCAUGAACGGCAGCGAGUUCAUCGAGAUGAUCGGCGGCCUGGGCGCCGCACGGGUGCGCGAUCUGUUCAAGGAGGGCAAGAAGCGGGCGCCGUGCAUCAUCUACAUCGACGAGAUCGACGCCAUCGGGCGCCAGCGCGCCGGAGCCGGCGGCAUGGGACAGUUCAGCUCCGGAGAGUCCGACCAGACGCUCAACCAGCUGCUGGUGGAGAUGGACGGAAUGGCGUCCAAGGAGGGCGUCCUCAUGCUCGCCUCCACGAAUCGCGCUGACAUCCUGGACAAGGCGCUGCUGCGCCCGGGGCGCUUCGACCGUCACAUCCUCAUCGAUCUGCCCAACCUGGCGGAGCGCAAGGACAUCUUCGAGAAGCACCUGUCGGGCAUCAAGCUGCUGCAGUCGCCCGACAAGUACUCCCAGCGCCUGGCCACCCUCACGCCCGGCUUCUCCGGCGCUGACAUCGCGAAUGUGUGCAACGAGGCGGCUCUGCACGCCGCCCGGACGAGUCAGACGCUGGUGGCGGAGAAGGAUCUGGAGUACGCCGUGGAGAGACUCGUGGGCGGCACGGAGAAGAGAUCGCACGCCCUGACGCCCACCGAGAGACGCGUGAUUGCCUUCCACGAGUCCGGACACGCGCUGGUCGGAUGGCUUCUGCCCAAUUCCGACGUUCUGCUCAAGGUGACGAUUGUGCCGCGCACGAGUCUGGCUCUGGGAUUCGCCCAGUACACGCCCAGCGAGCAGAAGCUCUUCACCAAGGAGCAGCUCUUCGACAAGAUGUGCAUGGCUCUGGGCGGGAGAGUGGCUGAGCAUCUGAUCUUCAACAGAAUUACGACAGGAGCGCAGAAUGACCUGGAGAAGGUGACAAAGAUCGCCCAUGCGCAGAUCACGAAGUUCGGGAUGAACGACAAGAUCGGCCCGAUGUGCGUGCCGGAGAAUGAGGAGGACAGCAUGUCAUCGGAGAAGCCCUACUCGCGCAUGCUGGGCGACAUAAUUGACGUGGAGGUGCGAAAUCUCGUGGCUCAGGCGUACAGGAGGACCGAGGAGAUUCUCACGGAGAACCGAGAGUUGCUGGCGAAGCUUGCCGAGACGCUGCUGGAGAAGGAGACGCUGAACUACGACCAGGUGGUGGCGCUGAUUGGGCCGCCCAAGUACGAAGCGGCCAAGAGGACGAUUGAGCCGGUGGAGUUUGAGGAUUCGCUGAAGAAUCUCUCGGCGACUGAGAAAUGAAAGAGAAUUUUGUACUUUGGGCAGAGUAAAGUAGUGCUGAGGCGGUA